CAAAACUGAAUACAGUACAAGUUUCUGUAUCCCGUAUAUUCUAUUCUACCAAAGAUGCAAAACGCACUGAAGAGUGUCUUUGCGUCCCUGUUGGUGAUUUCACUGACUGGGGUGACACUCGCUCAAGAAGUGGACGGGUGUCUCGAUGAGAAUGCCUGUUUUGGUGGAGAAUGCACUGCCACAGAUUUGGCAACAGGUGCUUUCGAAUGCGAAUGCCCAGAUGGGUUUUCGCCGUUAACAAAUUGCGAGACUAGUAUUUGCGAAACUAAUGCCGAUUGUACCGAAACGCAGGAUUGCAUAGAUGAUGUGUGCAUAUUUCAGGAAGAUCCCUGUGCGGACUGUACCGAAACACAGGAUUGCGUAGAUGAUGUGUGCGUAGAUCAGGAAGAACCAGAAGUUGAAGAUCAGGAACAGCCAGAAGUUGAAGAUCCAUGUGCGGACUGUACUGAAACUCAGGAUUGCGUAGAUGGUAUGUGCGUAGAAAAGGAAGAACCAGAAGUUGAAGAUCAGGAACAGCCAGAAGUUGAAGAUCCAUGUGCGGACUGUACCGAAACUCAGGAUUGCGUAGAUGAUGUGUGCGUAGAUCAGGAAGAACCAGAAGUUGAAGAUCAGGAACAGCCAGAAGUUGAAGAUCCAUGUGCUGACUGUACCGAACCUCAGGAUUGCGUAAGUGGUGUGUGCGUAGAUCAGGAAGAACCAGAAGUUGAAGAUCAGGAACAGCCAGAAGUUGAAGAUCCAUGCGCGGACUGUACUGAAACUCAGGAUUGCGUAGGUGGUGUGUGUGUAGAAAAGGAAGAACCAGAAGUUGAAGAUCAGGAACAGCCAGAAGUUGAAGAUCCAUGUGCGGACUGUACCGAAACUCAGGAUUGCGUAAGUGGUGUGUGCGUAGAUCAGGUAGAACCAGAAGUUGAAGAUCAGGAACAGCCAGAAGUUGAAGAUCCAUGUGCGGACUGUACUGAAACUCAGAAUUGCGUAGAUGGUGUGUGCGUUGAAAAGGAGAACCAGAAGUUGAAGAUCCAUAAUUGCGUAGAUGGUGUGUGCGUUGAAAAGGAAGAACCAGAAGUUGAAGAUCCAUGUGUGGACUGUACCGAAACUCAGGAUUGCGUAAGUGGUGUGUGCGUUGAUCAGGAAGAACCAGAAGUUGAAGAUCAGGAACAGCCAGAAGUUGAAGAUCCAUGUGCGGACUGUACUGAAACUCAGGAUUGCGUAGAUGGUAUGUGCGUAGAUCAUGAAGAACCUGAAGUUGAAGAUCAGGAACAGCCAGAAGUUGAAGAUCCCUGUUCAAACUGCACCGAUACUCAGGAGUGCGUAGACAAUGUAUGCGUUGACCAGGAAGAGCCAGAAGUUGAAGACCCCUGUGCAAACUGUACCGAGACUGAGCAGUGCGUAGAUGAGGCAUGCGUAGAUUUGGAUCCGUGUGCUAAUUGCACUGCACAAGAGAUCUGUGUUGAAGGAGUAUGUAGCACACCCAUUUGUGAUGGUGACUCUGACUGUCAAAAUGGCGGAACCUGUGAUGUCGUUAAUGGUACCUGUUCCUGUGCCACCGGUUUUGAGGGCGACAACUGUGAAACCCCGAUUGCAUCUUCUUGUGCCUGUACUGCAGAGGAGAUCUGUGUGCUGGGACAGUGCGUGGCUCGUAACUGUGCUACCGACGCCGAUUGUCAAAAUAACGGAACAUGUGUUGCUGAUACUGGAAAUUGCACCUGCGUUUCAGGCUUCGAAGGUCCUACGUGCAGUAUCGCAAUCGACCAAUGCCUUGGAAUCUGCACUGAAAAUCAAGAGUGCAUCAACGGUGCCUGUGUAGAAAAAAAACCGGAGAAAAUCACCUGCGGUGUUGCUACCGAAGAAUUGGUAGUCAAAUGUAAAGUCGACCAAACAGUUGAGACAGGUGUUGAAUGCUGUCGAUCUGAUGAUAGCAAGUGCGAAGGCCUCCCUAUGUGUAAGUCAGAACUAUGCUGCAAAGACCCAGCACCACCCAGCGCUGCUCCCACAGUAUCCCCAAUGCCGUCACCUCAGCCUCAGGAUAUCACAUGCGGAGAGAAGUACAAGGAAGGUGGUCUAAGAUGUGAUAAUCUUAGUGUUGAAUCUGUAGAGACAGGUAAAAAGUGUUGCCGAGAGUACGGCAAAUGUGGUAGUCUGUCUCACUGUUCAAAUGAUUUCUGCUGCAAAGUUAAGCCCAGUCCCAAGCCAAGUCCCUCUGCACCACCAAAAUGUGAGGGAGCUGAUGAUCGAGGUAAAUGUCCAGAGCCUGUAGAUCACCACGUCUCGUGCAUAACAGGAGUGUAUGAAGGUCACGUGAAAUGCAAAACAAGCGAGUCCGUUUUGUAUCAAGAAUCAUGCUGUCGUUUCGCAGGUAAGUGUGGAAGUUUGAAGACUUGCACUUCAGGCAACUGCUGUACAACGGACGCCACGCCCCUACCAUCGCCAUCGAAGAAGCCACAAGCACCUAGUUACAAGAUUAAGUGUGAGAAUAAGUAUGGCCUCGAGUGUUAUGAGGGAUACGACAAGAAGGAUGACACUCAGUGCUGCAAAUACAGGGGUGUAUGCGGAAGCACGCCAUACUGUAACAAGAAGCAAUGUUGUCAACUCAAACCUGACGAGAUCGCCAAGCCUGUACUUCCCGUAGAUACCGUAGGUGCCUGCUGGUGUGACGGCGUAGUUCUGAACAACAGGUGUUACCCUACUCUCGAGUCUGCGAUUGCGCGAGCAGUGAAUGAUGAUGUAAUCUACAUUGCCAAUAAUGUCACAGUUGAGAACCCCAUUGAUUUCGAUACGGAUUUAGUGUUUGCUGGUGUCACUUGUGAAAAGGACAGAGAGAUGCGCGCCCAUAUCGUUGCUGAUUUUGACUCUGACACCGCGGCCAUACUGCAUGCCAGCAACAAGGAGGAACAGCAUGUGAGUAUCCAGUACUUGGGUGUCACUGCCAAGGACGGUAAAUCUGCCGCCUUUUUCCACGGACUAGGAGAAGAGGAGAACGCAGGAGACCAGAAGUUGAGUCUCGAGUUGACCAACGUGGUCGUUUUCAAUAUGCACUCAACACGUCCGGGCGUGGGUGUGUGGAUGGGUCAAUCCGCCGGUCUGAUUGUCGAUCCCGACUGCGUGUUCAUCAACCUCACUAUGAGUAGCAAUGACGACGAUAGAUAUGCAGGAGGAGCUGCAAUCGCGGUCAAAUACUUGCCAUCAAAGGCUAGUAUAGUGAUUGGUGGUACAUUCGCUAACAACUCGGCGUUUUACCGCGAAGGUUCUAAACACAGUGGUGGCGGUGCCAUCUGGAUGGAUUGGAUAGAGGGUAGCACCAUCUUCACAGCUCAGUUCCUGAACAACAGCGCCAAUCAGGGUGGUGCUGUGAUGGUCCAGGAAGUGCUCGGUAACAUGAUUGUUGACGGACUGUUCCAGGACAAUCGUGCAAUCGAUGAUGGUUACGGCUCACGAGCCGGAGCAUUCCGCUUGUGGAAACUGAGAGAGGGUUCGCAGGUUUUGAUCAACGGCACCUUCAUUGACAAUAUCGCUCAAGGUCGUGGUGGUGUUGUUGCCACCAACAUACACGAGGAGGAUUCUGUUCUCAUAUUCGACGGUAUAUUCCAGAGCAACGUCGCCACUGAUGUUGGUGGAGUUUGGAGUCGAUGGUCCAAUGACGCUUUCGAAGGCAGAGUUAUUCUUGACGGUGAGUGUACUUUCGAGGGCAACCGCGCGUUUAGUGACUUCGAUCAGUCGGAUAUCUACAGCAUCUCUGGCACCAGAAGGGACAAGUAUUCCGAGAAAGAAUGGGAAACACGUGAUAGUCGUACACUAUACAUAGAUUAAGCGCGCCUGUCAAGGUAUUUUGAGGGUACAAACUUGUACCAAAGAGUGACCCUAGGUUGUAUUAGUAGGGGAAAACCAAUUAACAUCCGACACAGUAUCGGCGAAUGCAUGCCGAAUUGCAACGUCAAUAGAUAAAAAUCAUUAAAAAAUA